GUUUCUUUCGUUUUCACUUCCCGGAAAAGACGAAUGUGAAAAGAGUGGAGUUUUAACUAUUGCUCUGCAGUUUCUUUUCUUUAUUUAAUAUGGAGUUUGGGGAGGUUUGAAAUGUAGUCUUUUUUAUUUAUUGAAACAGUUAUAGGUCUGCUUUGAAGGAAACGUACAAGUUGUCGUGCAGUGUCGUCGAACAGAUUGAAGGGCAUUUCCAUGGAGAACUUACCUCCGUCACGUACGUGGUCGAGCAAGAAAACAGAGAAAACAGUCCUCCAUCCAUAAUGCAUGGAAGGCAAGUUCCUCUCAGUGUGCAUCAUUCCCCCCCCUAACCAGCUUCCCUUGAUCAGUCCUCCCACACAGGAAGACCUGUGGCAUCUACCUGGACAACUGCGAAUAAACCCAUCUCUGUGGAACAAGGAGGAUGUUGGCCACUGGCUCCACUGGGCUCAGAAGGAGUAUUCACUGCGCCGGCCUGAAAGGGGACGCUUUGAGAUGAACGGGCGAGCUCUGUGCCUGCUCACCAAGGACGACUUCAGACGCCGAUGCCCCAACUCGGGCGAUGUUCUGUAUGAGAUCCUGCAGUGUGUAAAACAGAAAAGGAGGAGUGUUGUCUGUGACCCUCCAAAUUUGUCUUCCUCCCUUGAAACUGGACCCAUCCAGAACCAAGUCAGCUGCCAAAUACCUGCUCACAGUGUCCAAGAGCCCCAGCCUCCCACAGCCAAUGAUGUUCAAGAUGGAUCAGCAGAUAUCUCUCCAUUGCUCCACAACCAAGUUCAUUGUCUGCCCCAAACUGAGAGUGUAAUCCUGGAGCCGCUCAACCUGUCCAGUCGAAAGAAGCCAAGGAGCUUAAUGCACAAAGUCAACGGCCGCAUCCCAGAGUGUCGACUGCUGUGGGACUAUGUGUAUCAGCUUCUGUGUGAUGACCGUUACCAAGCAUACAUCCGAUGGGAGGACCGGGACAACCUGGUGUUCAGGGUAGUUGACCCCAACGGACUGGCUCGUCUCUGGGGGAACCACAAGAACCGAGAUAAUAUGACCUAUGAGAAAAUGUCUCGGGCUUUGCGACACUACUACAAACUCAACAUCAUUAAAAAGGAGCGAGGACAAAAACUCCUCUUCAGGUUUCUGAAACUACCACAAAACACCAAGAAGCCACAGGCUGUCGAGUCCAGAGAACACACUCCACCUCAGGACAGGGACAUGUCAGACAGCGGUCCUACACAUGAGUUCUGUGAGGACCAUUUUGAGGUUUCACCUGAUCCUGCUUCGCCACAGCAGCCACCAUAGAAAACAGAAAAAUCUAUCAAGUGUCCCAAACACAUGUAGAAUACAACAACAUGAAUGAUUAAAGAAUAUCAUGAAGAUCUGUUUUCAUUCAUCUACAGGUUUAACAAAAUGCAUUGCCAUGUCAUUUUUUAAAGAAUAAUUGCACAUUGAUCUUGCUUUUGCUUUUGCUGUGAAUGAGUGUAUCUAUUACUGUUAUCAGAACGAAUAUAAUGCUUGGGGGAAAUUGUGAAAAUAUUCAAUAUUCAAACUUCGAACUUCAUAACUUUGAUUUCCCAGGCUUGCUCAAGAUACAUACACAAGAUGCACAUUGUUUUUAUAUACUAUAUAAGUCGUGCAGAGUGUUGUUACAGUAAAUAGGAUGAGACAGGGUGGAAUGAUUUUUCGCAUUCAAAUGUUUUGUGUUGAGGGUUAAAUGACAACCUGCUCUGGAGCAGGUUUGAGAUAAGAGAUCAAAACGUAUAAAAGUAAGGCUGAAUUAAUGACCAAUCAAAGCUUGGUUCACGAACUGUUAGAUAAUAUUACACAAAUAUCUGGGGAUAAAUAUCAAGACUAAAAGCAGAACAAUUUAAAAAAUCACUGCUGUCAAUAAAUUGUUGACUGUGAACACAUGAAUUAACAGAUUUGUUGCAGAUAUUUAGUAGUCAAUGAAGUGAAAGUGUUAUUCCCUUUAUGUAAUCAAAUAAUAACAUCCAAAGAUAACAGUUUAUUAAUAAUGUAAUGUUCCCUGUUGUUAGUGUUCUUUGGUUGUUUAAGUCGGUGUGUUAUAAGAAGUCCUUUCUGACUGAAUUUGGUCCAAUUAUGGUCAGAAAUCUUAUUUUAAGUGUUUUGGGGAUAUAAAUUCUCCUACAGUUGUUCUUUUGAAAACCCAUUGAUGUAAAAUCCUACGUUUUCCUUUCUGUCUGUGCUAAAAUAAUAAAAGAAGGGGCCUUAUCAAA